AUGACCGAUAAUCCAGCUUGUUCUAUGCCAAAUCGAAUAAAAAAUAGCCAACAAAAUUCUAGUGAUUAUUUUCACAAAUAUAUUCUAGACGAAGAAAAGCGCCUAAAUCAUAUUGAAUCGGCGGGGAAUCAAACAACAAAGGAUUCCGUCCGAGGUAUUAGUACUUCUGAUAUUUGCCAAGAGCUGAAGCAAUAUAAAAAACAAAUUUUAUUGGAUGAAAAGCGCAGACAACAAUUGCGGAACAAUAAUCAUGAACUUCGAUUGCUUCAAAACCAACUACAGACCGCCUUGGUAUCCAAACAGCUACAGGAACAAAUGGAUGCAUUACAGAAGCAACGGCAAUUGGACACACAAAGAAGACGUGAAGAAAACGCCCAGUGGGAGAUGGAAUGUGAAAAGGCCAAAAGGUCUAUUUUGGAGGAGGAGGAACGAGAGCGACAGAGGAAGACACAAGCCCGUACCUUAUUGCAGGAACAAAUGCACGAAGUACAGAGCAAUCGCAAAAAGGAGUUUGAAAAAGUCAUGAAAGAUCGUGAAGAUAUGCAAAAAACUCAAAAACAAAUUGAAGCCGAGGAACAAAGGAAAAGAGACUUAGCCCAACGAUUUCGUGAUCUAUGCCGGAAAGAAAUGGAGGAAUGUAUGCGUCUUAGAGAGGUACAAAGGCAAUUGGAAAAGGAGCAAAAUGUCGAUGACAAUGAACGUCUUAUGGCCUAUCAACGGGAAAGGGAUGAACUGAAGGAAAAAACGGAAGCUGAAAAUAAGCGCAUUAUUGCGGAGAAAAUGGCAUUGAGCGAGAGAAUUGGCAAGGAGCUAGCCAACAUCAAUAAAGAAAGGGAGAAAAGAGAUGACUUGUUAUUGUCACUGCUGGUUGAGGAGCGCAAAGCGAAGGAAGAUAUUAAAUACCGUCAAAUGCUAGAGAAACAGAUCGAGGAAAGGACAAAAUUGCGGAUGGAACUAGAAAAUUAUCGUCGAGAAAUCGCCAUACAGAAACAGCGUAAAUUUGCCGUAGAGGAACGGCAAAUGCGUGAAGAAAGUUUGCGUCAAAUGGCCGAACGUGAUAAGUUGGAUCAAUUGUCGGAUGAGAAACGUAGGCGCAAAAUUAUGGAGCAUAAUAGGGCAUUAAAAGAGAUGAUCGAACAAAGACGCCAACAACGUGCCGAGGAAAUAGCUCAUAGAAUUGGAGAAUUCGAAACGAUGUUACGAAAGGAAAAAGAAAGAGAUCAAUGUAUUGAGGAGGAACGAAUUCGUAUGUUACAAUCUAUUCCCACAGAACUAUUACGUUACUUACCACCUGGUGUGUUAAAGCCAUCCGAUAGAGAACACAUUCCUUUGCCUACUGAAAAAUCAACAUAA